UUUUGCUUGUGAGCAGAAUACCCAGAGCACAGGAGGGGUUGGAGGGGACUCAAAAUGAAUGGCAUUUGAUGUAUAGAGCAGCAUUGAUUUCACUCUCUCUUGAUCUUGAUUUUGUUUUUUGCAAAGGCUUUGUUUAUCGCUUUCGGUUGGCAUACCUGCGGUCUGGCUUUUGCUGGGUUGCUUUAUACGUUUUUGAUUUUGCUGCAAAGUUUACAAAUAAUUAAAAGCGGAUUUCUUCAAACGACCGUAUCGCCAUCAUUGAGCCCUCUGCUGUAACUACCGCUGCACCAUGGGACAAGAUACGUGGUGGAACAAGAUCCGGGUUUCGUUGAUGGUCUUGUGGAUAUUAGCUAUCCUACAAUCAACAAAUGGAGAUCCACAGACUGGACACAUCACACCACGGCAUGAUGACGAUAACACAUUGAGCGCUCUCGGACAUGAUGCAGACGUGGCAUUACCCAUCGGGCUCCCUGAUCCCGCUACCUUACGAUUUGGUCAACUGUUUUACCAAGAUGCACCCGGCCAAACCUCGUACGGGGGAGGAAAUUACUCGUUUUUCAUUCGAUACAAUCUUACGGAUGCUGGGACCGCGAAUGAAGCAUUGCAUAUCCUGCUUGUGCUUGCGGGGCCAUCAGAUCCAAAUCAUCCUGGAGCGCUAGCAAGACCAUGGGCAGCUAUCGGUUAUGGGGAAAGCAUGCUGAGAGGGGAGAUGAAUGUUUGCCACUCCUUUGCGGCGACAGGCGAGGAUGUAAAAGUUCAUGAACAUUUCACCAUGAAAAAGUAUCUUGCACCCUAUGAAUACGAAGGUCCCAAUCAGCUGGUAACGCCCAUUCAAGGCGUGUUCCGCAAUGGGCUGCUGUCCUGUCAUUUCAAGCGCCAAACGCACUCAAAUGACUCUUUACACUAUUCUCUGGACGUGCAUGGUGCAACACGGAUGCUCUGGGCCUUCAAUCCCCGACCACAGAAAAACUACCGCGGAGAAUGGUUCUCGUAUCACGAUACUGGGCACCGUGGGGCACUGGUUGCGAAUCUUGCGGACGGUAUGAUGGCCCCGCGCGACACGCCCAACUUUGAUUUGAAGGCCCUGCACGGAUUUGGCAUGGCAUCAGUGUGGAUGAUUUUGUUCCCUGCUUCUGUAUUUUACGCCCGAUACCUCCGGUCCAAAUAUGGUUGGAUCGUUUUUCAUAUUUCCGCUCAAGCAACGGGUAUCGUUGCCAUCUGCAUAUUUUUGACGGUGAUAUUGCUCGAGGUCCAGUAUUGGGAUCGGCCGCACUCGAUAUUGGGCGCGACGUUGAUUGGAUUCUUGGCUGUUCAGCUUUCGUUGGGGAUACCGAAUGUAAUGGGGUUGUGGAAUGAAGAAUUGGAUCGGAUUCGACCCGUGAUUCGGCUCAUUCAUAGGUUUUUGGGUGCAACGUUAAUGCUGGCAUCGGUCGUCCAGGUUUAUCUGGGUCUUGAUACCUUGUUUCCCUUUGCCGAACCUCGGGUGGUAGUGGUCUGGAUUCUCUAUUUCGUGGUGAUUGCAGGAUGGGUCACUGCUUUCUUAGCGACAGAAUUAUACUUUCGUCGUCGUCUGGUGAGAAAGGACGUUGGCAUGGGCGGUGUGGUGAUACCCCCAUCCUCGCAGGGGAAAAACGGCGGAGGAAAAUACGUGGCGGCCAAGACGACGGAUCUCCCGGCCAUGCAGGUAGAUAUGAUGCAAGAACGGCUCAGGCCCGGUAUGAGGACAUUUACAUGGCAGACUUUGAAUGAAACGAUCCUCGGCGGCGAAAUGCUGGUGGUUGCCAAUUCGCGAUAUGUGUAUGAUAUUUCAAAAUGGAUUCGUUCGCAUCCCGGUGGACAAAUUAUUCUUCAUGCAGUGUGUGGAACGGACAUUAGUAACGAUUACUUUCACGAAGCUGGUUUUGAUGCUGAAGAAUUCACACCCAAACCCGCUGUACCCGCCCAACGUCCUGACCGUAUCCAUGCAGGGGCUGUCACCCGAGUCCGGUCAGGAUCGUUCUCAGUCUCCAUAUCCCCGAGCGAAGUGCAAUCCGCCAUUGAAACAACACGACGUCUCCCAUCCAUGAACGAACAAGACUGGCGACAUAUUACAAAAUCCCGCCGAACGCAUGUACAUACCAAACUCGCCUUACAGAAACUCUCUGAUUUGAUCGUUGGCGAGCUCAUGCCUUCCGAUGACGCACCGUUUGACGAAUCCAUCAAGACACUUGCGCCUUCUCUUAAAUCCGCAACCUCUGGCACAGGCAUUCCAUUUGAUCGAUACGAGUUCCGUCGGUACGCUCUCACUGAAAAGGAACUCAUCAACCCAACAGCGAUUGGAAACCGUACACCCGUCUAUCGUCUUCGUUUUUGCUUACUCUAUCCCUACGAUACCCGCGAUAAUGAGCCCGAGGCCUUUAUCCCUGGGCAAUGUAUUGAACUGCAAAUGCGCAUUAAUAACCGGUUGGAAUCAAGAUACUAUACGCCGUAUACGGGGAGUUUAACGGCCUUUGAGAUCCAUGUCAAAAUGUACGAUCAGGGAACCAUGACGGGAUUCCUCAAGCGACAGCGAGUGGGUGAUCGGCAGUAUCGGAUUCGGGGACCGUUUGGUGCGAGUAUUUUGCCAGAGGCUUGGAGGAGGGUGGAGCGUCCUUUGGGGAUGGGAAGGGAGGAGAAGCGGUUGUGCUAUUUUGCUGGGGGGAGUGGUAUUGCUCCGUUUUUGCAGGUUGUACAUGAAGUGCUGUUGCCUGUUUAUGUGCCUUUGGUGGUCACUAGUGAGUAUAUACCCACUAUCCCUGACGAACUCGUUCUGAAUCCCGGUGACCGUGUCAUAGCCAAACACCACUAUUAUGACGGCUGGUGUCUUGGGAUGAACCUCACGACCUCGACUGAAGGCGUUUUCCCCCUCUCCGCGACAGCACCCCCUUGCAACCCGAACAGCAAGCUCGUCUUGAUCCACUCCAUCCGCACUCCAGACGAAAUCUUUGGUCGCGAGGUCCUAGAAGGUGUCAUGUUGUCCUAUCCCGAACAACUCGCCGUGUACUAUUUCGUCGAUAGUGUCACCUCUCCUAUUGAACUGGGUGUUGUUCAACAAGGGCGGUUAACCCAAAAGCGUAUUGACGCCAUUUUAACUGAAGUUGGAUUCGAGAGUGAGGGUGGUGUGGACUUGACAGAGGAGGCCGAGGAGGAGGGGACAAAGUCUUGUGUUGUGUGUGGGCCGCCUGGGUAUGAUUCGUUUGUAGUGGAUUGUUUGAUGGAGUGUGGUGUGGGUGGCCGGGGUUUUGGACGGGAGGUCAAGGUGUUGCCGAGUGAUCGGUGGGUGGAGAAGCUGUGAAGAGGAUGAUGGUGUUAUAUAUAUCGUAGUAAUUCUUUUUUUACUUUUUUGCUUGUAUAUUUUGAUACACACAUGUACUUUUACAGACAUGAUAUUGGUA